AUGUAUUCUAUGUGGCACAGGUUUUUCGUACUGUCUGGUUUCCUCAUGACCAAAAUUCUUCGUGAAAGAGAAUUUUCGCUCACGUCCAUUCGGGAUUUCUACGCACGCAGAUUCAAGCGGAUCGUACCUCUCUACAUGUUGGUUGUGGUCGCAACAUGCAUAUAUGGCUACUCAUCCCUUAUCUAUCCCUAUCAGAAACAGUUGGUUGUUGAUCUACAAUGGGUGUGCACGUUUACGUCAAAUUUACAACCGAUAUUCACAGAAUUUGGCUACUGGGAUCAGCGUUUAAGAGAUGAAUGCAAGAAGCUCGCCGAGUAA